AUGGCGGAUGUGGAGAUGAGUGACUGGGUUUGUUUUCAUUCCAUCCUGAGCCAGCACCAGGUAGAGCAGGUGUCAGUGCCUGGCCCCGUGCGUAUCCAGAGAGAGCCCAAUCCCUAUCCUGUAAUAACUGUAGAGCACUUUAAAGAAUCAACGGGUUUUAAAGGCCUUCCCCUGUAUCCAGACCCCUCCAGAGUACCUGGAAUGAAAACUCAGAACAGUUUAGAAUAUGACUACCUGGCCCGAGAUGGCCCUUCCAGCAACAGCUCGUUCCACAGCAGUGAAGAGGAGGGGACCGACCUCGAGGGGGACAUGCUGGACUGCAGUGGGUCUCGACCUCUCCUCUUGGAGUCGUCAGAAGAGGAUGAGAGCUGCAGGCCUCCGCAGGGGAAGCUGGGAGGAGCCACUCCUUUCACUCAGCCAGAAGUCUCCCCUGAGCAAGCCAAGGCAGCGCAAGGUGGAAGAAAGAACCAGUUCGGAGCCCUCACGCAGCCAACCGCUGAUGGAGUCGGUGAGCCAGAUGUUUUCGCCACUGCUCCCUUCAGGAGCUCGAGGGUUCCCGCUGAUGACGUGGACAUUUUCACCAAAGCCCCAUUUGUCUGCAAGGGCAGCGUGGCUCCUUCCCAGCCAGAGGAGGCGGACGUGUUCUUGAGAGCUCCUUUCACUAAGAAGAAAAGCAUGGAGGAGUUAACCGUUGCCCAGAGCGCCUCCCCGGAGUCUACUGCGCAGCCCGGUCUCCUUCGUCAGACCAAUGACAUCCCUCUGCUCCCGGGCCUUGAUCGAGCCGUGCAUCCCUCUGUCCGAGCUCAGUAUUCCAUGGCUGGUUUUGCCCAAGCGUCUAACCACCCCUCCCAUUCUGUACAAGCAGCAGACCAUCUUGACAGCGUCUCUCCCAGGGGCACCUCUCUGGAAUCUGGCGCCCAUCCUAAUGACAGAAACAAAGGACCUCAGCCCCAGAAAGAAUCUGUCUCAGCCCCCGUGGCUGGCAAACCAUUCCGCCCCCAGUCUUUAUCCAAAUAUUCCCGUCACUAUAGCCCGGAAGAUGAGCCAAGUCCAGAAGCCCAGCCCAUCGCUGCCUACAAAAUUGUUUCGCAAACCAAUAAGCAGUCGAUAGCUGGCUCUGUUUCCAUCACAUCCCUUUCCUCCAGGACUACGGAGCUGCCAGCUGCUGAUCCUUUUGCUUUAGCGCCCUUUCCUUCGAAAUCAGGCAAGCAGAAACCUUAG